AUGAAGUUCUUCGCAGCCCUUUUCCUCAUCCCCUUCCUCGGAGGCGCCCUCGCUGCUCCCAGCCCGAGUGAAAUGAUCGCGGAGGCUCCGAUGCAGGAGAACUCUGAUAUGGAUGCCAGCUCCCAGCUCUUGCAGUCUCCUGCUGUCCAAGGGCCUGCUGCGCCCGUGGCACUACCCACUGCGGAAGCGAUGGCCACUGCUACCGCCGUGGAUAAACUAUAUCUUCAGAUGCUAAUGCACGGAGCCAGCCUCGGUCAAGUUGGAAGUUUACGAUAA